GCAAAAAUUGUGGUUCCUGUAAUUCUCGUUUUUCAGUUAAAUACAACAACCUCAAAACAUGCUAACCUUCUCUCUCAUUCUCAGUUUCAGCUCCAGAAGAUUCUUUCUGUGUAGAUUCCUCAACUUCUUACACGAUCAAAGGUAACUUGGUAUGGGAGUUGUGACUGUUUCUAGCUCAGCUGCUCGGUCUCCAUUAGGAUUGAAUACCAAGUUUUCCAGUCACCAUUCCGCACUGAAGAGACAUUUAAUCGUAGCGUUUAAAGGUGAUAAGCCGAAUGACUCAGCUUUGGUUGCGAAUCGAGAAAAAAAUCCCAUGGCGAUUGAAAUGGCCAGGACGCAGAGGAAAAGGAUAGGAAAAACUAGUAAAGUACCUAAGAAAGCGAGAGCUGUUACACAGGAAACUUCACCGUCUUCAUUGGAUGUAGACUACAGUGAAGCUGCUGCCAUACUUGAAAAUAUAUACAAACUCAGUCCUGCAUCUGAUACUGAAGACUGCAAAGAUAGAAAAAUUAAAAGAGUCUCCCGGAGGGGAAGGAGGGUCGGCGAAGACAGUGAAGAAAAAGAGGUAAAGAAUGAUAGGGUAGUCAGGAACAAGAAUAUGAAAGCAAAACGAUUGAGUCUUAAUGAGAGGAUUGCAAUGAAAAAGAACGAAAGUGGGGAUGUAGAUGUAGUCAUUCCAACUCGAAAGAAGAGAAAUGUUCAAAACAGAGUCGAGAAGAUUGAUGAACUUGUUAGGGAAUAUUCAGGGACAACUGAUCUAGCCAGUUUGGACUGGAAAAAAAUGAGAAUACCUGCAGUUCUUCCUUCUUCAGAACAUGCUUGGUUGUUCAAAUUGAUGCAACCUAUGAAGGUAUUUCUUCAAGUGAAGGAUAGUUUACAGAAGGAGCAAGGAAGAGAACCAACAGAGGGGGAAAUAGCUGAUGCAACAAACAUGAAUGUCUCUCAAGUCAAGAAAGCGAUAGAGGUUGGCCGAGCUGCAAGAAACAAGCUCAUAAAGCACAACCUCCGGCUUGUCUUGUUUGUGAUCAACAAAUAUUUUGCGGAUUUCGCUAAUGGACCAAGGUUUCAAGAUCUUUGUCAGGCAGGGGUUAAGGGACUUAUUACUGCAAUUGAUCGUUUUGAGCCAAACCGGAGAUUUCGGCUAUCUACAUACAGUUUGUUUUGGAUAAGACAUGCUAUCAUUCGUUCCAUGACCCUCUCAAGCUUCACACGUGUUCCCUUUGGACUUGAAUCGGUUAGAGCGGAGAUCCGGAGAGCUAAAGCCGAGUUAACAGUUGAGCUUCAAAGGCAACCAACGGAGGAAGAAAUACUAGAAAAAGUUCAGAUAUCCCCUGAAAGAUACCACGAUGUAAUGAAGGCUUCAAAGCCCGUUCUUUCGCUGCACUCGAGACAUAAAACCACACAAGAAGAGCUUAUUAAUGGGGUUGUUGAUGAUGAGGGUGUUAAUGGUGAUAAUCGGAAGCAACCUGCUCUACUAAGGCUUGCUCUAGAUGAUGUGCUUGAUUCCUUGAAGCCCAAAGAGAGCUUGGUGAUAAGGCAGAGAUUUGGACUUGAUGGGAAGGGUGACAGAACGUUGGGAGAAAUAGCUGGGAACUUGAAUAUUUCAAGGGAAAUGGUAAGAAAGCACGAAGUCAAGGCUCUCAUGAAGCUCAAGCAUUCUGCUCGAUUGGACUAUCUUCGUCGCUAUGUUGUAUAAAAAUUCAACUAAUCUACAUAUAUGCUUCCCUUAUAGAAAUAAUUGUGCCAUCAUGGGAAUCUCCAUGCUUUACCUAGUCCUACACUAGAUUGUUAAUUUGUAUGUAUCACCAGUCACUUGUAUAUUCAUACUCUUGUAUGAUAGACUUGAAAUUGCACAACGUAUAUAACCCUAUACAGUAUACAUGUUACUGUAAUUGUUACAUGUCAUCCUUUAAUGAAAUUACAUUCUUAGUUAACAA